AGCGCAGAGCCCACCCAUAGAAAAGGACAGUUAAUUGCUCCUCAUUAUGUUUGGGCUUUUGUUCGCCUGUUUCCAGUCAGUGCUGCUCUGUUGCCGUCACUGAGUUCCUGUCGCCCGCUACUCCAGCUGGUACGGCGCUCUUGCUAAGUGGCCUCCGGAGCUCUAGCUGCCACAAGUGGUGUCCGCAGCGCACGCGAUCGCUCUCCGAGGCUUGCGCUCCCUCUCCGCGCUCCUGCUUGUGCGCCAAUACCUUACAAGUGAAAAUGCAUCGGUGGAUGUGAGACGCGGCGCGGGACACCGGGGAGACUGCGAGAAGAGCUAGUCCGCCGCCCCGAAGGGAGCUGAGCAAAGAGGCCGCAGCAGCACCUUCUCAGCGAGCGCCCUCGGCAACAUGGAGACGGAGCAGCUGGGCAGCAGAGGAUCCAAAGGGAGCUGGGCGACUGGCAGACUGCUCAAGGGAGCCCUGGUGGUGUCGGUGGGGCUCUCCCUGGUCCUGCUACUGGCCCUCAUCCUGGUCUCCCAGAAACUUGAUGGUGACGAGUACUGCGUGACCCAGGAGUGCAUCGAAGCAGCUGGGUCAAUCCUCAGCAAGAUGGACCGAUCGGUGUCCCCCUGCCAGGAUUUCUACCAGUAUGCCUGCGGUGGCUGGUUGAGGGAAAAUCCCAUUCCAGAAGAUGCUUCCAGUUAUGGAAUCUACCCGUGGCUGCGUCACCAAGUAGACCUCAAACUCAAAGAGCUGCUGGAGAGGCCUGUUGACCAGGAGGACAUUGAGGCAGUGAAGAAAGCGAAAGUGCUGUACCGCUCCUGCAUGAAUGAAACGGCGCUGGAAGUGGAAGAUGCCAAGCCUCUGCUGAAGGCCCUGAAGCCGCGGGAGAUGCGCUGGCCGGUCCUGGGAGACAAACUGGGUACCUCCUGGCAGUGGGAGGAGCAGCGCUUCAGCUUGCUGGAGACGCUGGCCUACAUCCGCACGCACCACAGCAAGUCCGUGCUGGUGCGCCUCUACGUGUCCCCUGAUGACAAGAACUCCAGUCACUACAUUAUCAAGUUGGACCAAGCAUCUCUUUCGCUGUCGGCAAGAGAGGACUACGUGAGCAACACAACGGAGGCUCGCAUCUACCGCGAGGCUCUGCUGAAGCUGAUGGUGGACGUUGCUGUCAUGUUGGGGGCUGAUGAGCAGUCUGCUCACGCUCACAUGAUGGAUGUCCUGACCUUCGAGAUGAAGCUGGCUGAGAUCAUGAUCCCCUUUGAGAAUCGCACCAGCGAGAACAUGUACAACAAGUACAGCCUGUCUCGCUUGCAGAGAAGCGUGCCGGAGUUUAACUGGCUGGGCUUUGUCAAGGCGACAAUCGACACCAAGCUGUACCCAGAGCUGAAGUCCCUCUCCGCAUCGGAGCACGUGAUCGUACGGGCGCCGCAGUACUUCAAGGAGCUCUUCAAGUUGCUCAACAGCACCGAGAAAAGGACGGUAGCAAACUAUGUAGUGUGGAGGGCGGUCUUUUCCAGGAUCAGCAGCCUGAGCCGUCGCUUCCUCUACAGAUACCUGGACUUCUCACGGGUUACCACUGGGACCACGUCGCUGACUCCACGCUGGGACAAGUGUGUGAAUUACGUGGAAAACACCCUCAUCUAUGUGUCAGGACGCAUGUUCGUCGACCGCCACUUUCAAGAGGACAAGAAACUUAUGAUGGAAGAGCUGAUCGAAGGGAUCCGCUGGGCCUUUGUGGACAUGCUGCAAAAGGAAAACGACUGGAUGGACGAGGAGACGGAGAGGAAAGCCACGGAGAAGGCUCAUGCAGUCCUCGCCAAAGUUGGGUACCCAGAAUUCAUACUGAAUGACAGCUACAUCAACGAGGACAUAAAGAGGCUGUCGUUUUCUGAAGGCAAUUAUUUCGGCAACAUGAUGCAGACACUUCGUUUCAUCUCGCAGACUGAUAUUGGAUGGCUCAGGAAGACAGUCCCUCGCACAGAAUGGUUCACCAACCCUACAACUGUUAAUGCCUUCUACAGCUCCUCCACCAAUCAGAUCAGGUUUCCAGCAGGAGAGCUGCAGAAGCCAUUCUUCUGGGGUUUCAGCUAUCCGCGUUCGCUAAGCUACGGAGCAAUCGGCGUCAUCGUUGGACAUGAGCUGACCCACGGCUUCGAUAACAACGGGAGGAAGUACGACAAGGAUGGGAACCUGGACCAGUGGUGGAGCAAUGCUUCCAUCUCCCGCUUCAAUGAGAAGACUCAGUGCAUGGUGGAGCAGUACAGCGGCUACCGCUGGGAAGAGGCAGGAAUGAACGUCAACGGGAAAAGGACUCUGGCGGAGAACAUUGCUGACAACGGAGGCAUCCGCGAGGCAUUCCGGGCCUACAGGAGGUGGAUUGACACUCACCGCUCCGGGAGAGAAGAGCCUCUGUUGCCAGGUCUUGGGCUCUCCAACAACCAGCUCUUCUUCCUCAGCUAUGCACACGUAAGCCUGUGGAGGGAUCGGAAGGCCUGGAAUAAUCCGUGGAAGUGCCCAGAAACAGGGGGUCCCGACGUACAAACUUUCCAGGAACAAGCUCUUCUCAUUACACACUUUACACACCAGAAAAGUAUUUGCUCUUAAUCUUUUCAUAAAGAGAGCUAGCAGAUAGCGAUGGCAAACAGUACGGGCUGCCUUGUUUUCAAACGAGUGGUGAAAUUGUGGAAGAAGCAGACAGAAAGUGAACAAGCAGUAGAUGGUCUCCUGGCUUCUACGUGUACCAGUUUUGAGCAGCCAGUCAAGUGCCACGUCUCUGUCGACCUCCACCUCUGUGUAAAAUACAUGUAUACUUUUGCUUUUAUUUCUUUUGACACGUGCAUGUAUUGGUCA